CCUAAUUACCGUAAAUACAAGUCUCGUGAGGUUAACACAUUUCAGCAAAAUAAAAUCACUGCGAUUUGUUACAAAACCGUGUAUUUCCUACAAGUAAUGCAUGCAAAUACGCAUGUGUGAUGUGUUAGUGAUUUGCAAAAACCAUUUCUGUAGAAAUUCAUCUGGGGUACAUCGCGUUGUUCGGCUACAUACCCUUUCGCUGGACCAGGAGACAAUAGCUGUGGCGAUAAGCGCGCACCUCGUAAUCCUCGGACCAGCCUUUCGCUGAAAACGGUGCCAUUAUCAGUAAGCUUCGGAGCGGUUGACAUUAGUCAAGAUUAAUCUCUCAGUGAAAAUCAACAUGAGCGAAGGAUGUAACGAAGGCGCGGAAUCGCCUCCUACAAACACCGGAUUACUGUCGGCGACGGCCAGUGUAGCGACAUCCGCCGAUGCACUUAGCUCCGAGACGAACGCUGCAGAACCGCCAUCGUUACCGCCACGAGAACAUUUGAUCGUUACUGCCGUUAAGUUCCUCAACAACCCGAACGUAGUUCGCAGUGCCAUAACCAAGAAACAGGCAUUCCUUCGCUCCAAAGGACUGUCGGAAGAUGAGAUACAAAUUGCAUGUGAGCGAGCUGGGGUCUUCACGACAAGCCCUUCCGCCAUGCCAACGCAAACCGUCAUCAGCAUGGGAGUGGAAUCAAGCGGUGGUGGUAACUAUGCGAAAUCCGGUUACCAGCUUCAGCCACGGCCGAACUUUCUUACCCGUAUGAAGGAUAUGCUCAGCUCGGUGGCUCUACUGAGCGGACUGAUGUACGGCGUUUACAUGUUUUAUAAGAAAUUCAUUGAACCGCUAUUGUUCCGCAGUAAAAAGAAGAAAAGUAUCGGCGAACAGUUGACAGAGCUUAAUCAAACGAUGACGGUAAAGAUUGAUACUAUGAGCGCCGAGUUGGGCAAAAUCAAAGAAGAACUGAACCUUGUGAACCAAACCAACACAACCGUGAAGGAGUUGACCAACUUUAAAGGCGAUCUUGACUCAAUCAAAGGCCUAUUGUUGAACAGAAAACAAUUCGCCUCGCCAAACCUUCCCGUCGUUCCACCAUCAAUCCCAGCAUGGCAGUUACGCUCUCAGCAGCAUCAACCGGUUAGCAGUGAAGGCGAACACGACAAACACGAUGACAACGACACCGGAUCGGGAUCCGGGUCUAGCGAAAACGAUGUCGUGCUGAAGAACAGCGACAGCAGCUUGGAAAUUAUAGCGUAAGCUACACACGAGAACACUCUCAUGAGGGCAACUUUUGUCGAAAAUGGAACAAUGGAUAAACCAAAACGGGCGGUGGCUGCGGAAUGGACACUUUCAAAAAGGGUCAAUACACCACGCAAGCAUUUUUGACGAUUAUACGAAGCAUUUAGAUUUAACAGCAGUUGCAUAAGAAACGAAGUGAGAAACGAUUCACCUUUUGCGCUUUCACUGCAAGGAUUCAAACAUUCACAUUUAGUUGCAUAAUCGAUCUCAAAUCGUUGCAAUCGGUUAAGUUGUUCCAAAGCCCUAUCCUUGGACGCUUCCAAGUAAAUGCUUUAACGCUACUUUCUCUUAUUACGUAGGUGACAUGAAACAAUAUGUUUGUUUAAUUUUGUACAUUUUUUUAAACAUGUAAACGGCUGCUUCCAGAAAACAACGUACCCCGCAAGGUAGGAAGGAUUUAAUUUAACUCCAGCAGAGAACAGUCCAUAGUCAGCAUAGAUUAAUUUUCGGGUAUUCGGGAGCUGUUCCAAUCGGUAAUUAGGGUUUCUUUUUCAUUAAAUGAAAAUGAAUGGGAAUUGCAAAUCUUGCAUCGGUUUAAGGAACAUACGGAUUAUUCAUUGGAUUGGAAGGCGUAACCAUUUCCUGGCCGGGAAAUUGGCGGGCUAUAGGUGGUUUAUCGAAAAGGUUAUGAAGUGAGUGGCUAUCAAAUGACUUAAAUUAGUGUUUCAAACAUCUGCCGGGAACUGAGAGACCGAUGAUGUACCUAGUAGACAAAUAAACUCAGUCAAUCCAG